GUAUGUUAUACUUAUAACGUCGAGCUAAAUUAAACCCGGAAAUAGUUCUGAUUAGUGGAGGUACAUUUGUUUGCAGCUAUUGACCAAUCAGCACGAUCAGAUAUAAUCAGUAAAAAUUCCCCAAUUUGUGGAGAAUUGGAAAGACUAUAUCUGCUGAACAAUUUGCGUGAUAAGCUACAAUCCGUAGUUAUUUUCUUAUCCGUCAGAUAUUACGUUAUUCUUGAAUAUCCAGACGUUAUGUCUCGGUUGUCACAAAUGAAUAGUCAAAAUUUUCAUAUUGUUGAGGUUUGUAGAGAAAUACGAAAAGCUGUUUGACAAGAAAGAUAAUAUUCGUAUUCUGUAUUUGGCAGUCAGAUUUUAUCAUGCAUAGAGCUGGUUUAUUGAUCCUGACUCAACCAUUGGCUAAAUCCCGACAACAGAUUCCCAUCAUUUUAGACGAAAUAUCACAGCUGAUAAAGGAGACACUUUACGUCCACAUACAGCCAAAUACCAAUAAAAUAAACCCUGUUGAUUGGACGAUAGCUAAGGUACCGUGUACGCAGGAAAUUCAGAAUUACAUCCGCGAGUUCUAUUCAAGUAGUGCUUCACGUUGUAUGACUUUAGAUGUAAGAAUAUUACUCAGUCAUAUUACGAACGCAGAAAUCAGCGUUAAAACUUUAAUGCACAAAAUAAACAAAGGCUAUGAUACAGUGCUGUUUGAUAACUAUGGUCAAAAUUCCAAAAACUUGUCACAAGAAAUCUUAGGAAAGAUUAAAGAAAUUUAUCCCGUAGAAACCAAAGACAUUCCUGUUCUUCAGUUAAAAAAUCUGGAAUCAGUUACUCUUAACGAAAGUCUGUCAGAAAAAGAUAGUUUGGUGAAGACAUACGAUUUUGUGGCUUUAGGCGGAACAUUUGAUCGUCUGCACUCGGGACAUAAAGCUUUAUUAAAUGAAGGAUGUUUGCUGUGUAAUAAAAAGUUGACUGUUGGCGUAACUGAGAAUGAAAUGAAUCAGAAGAAAGUUUUAAGGGAGUUGAUUGAACCUAUAGAAGAUAGAAAGACGGCAGUUAAACACUUUAUUAACGAUAUACGACCUCAGAUCGAGGCCAAUGUAGUAGGAAUAACCGACCUGUAUGGACCAACAAUAACUGAUCCAUCUCUACAACUUAUUGUAUUGAGCGAGGAAACGGUGAAAGGUGGAAUGCUGAUUAACGAGGAACGAAAGAAAAAGUCGUUUACCCAACUAGAAGAAGUAGUCAUUAACUUAUUAGAAGAUCCGUGUCAUGCAGCCAGUGAAGAAGUGAAAGUCAGUUCGUCAUCUUUACGUAGACGAUUAUUAGGAACUGUCUACAACACUAUACAGGCACCUGGACCAGAAGUACCUGCUAGUCCCUAUCUGAUUGGUCUAACAGGUGGUAUAUGUAGCGGUAAAUCUACUAUCUGUAAAAAACUACAAUCAUUAGGGGCUGGUAUUGUUGACUGUGAUAAACUGGGCCAUGCAGCUUAUCAGAAGGAUACCCCUGCAUUUAAAUCAAUUAUAGAAGCAUUUGGUGAUGGAGUUUUAUCAGAAACAGGAGAGAUUGAUAGAAGAAAAUUAGGUCCUAUAGUAUUCUCUGAUCCAAGUCAACUGAAGAAAUUAAAUGGUAUUGUAUGGCCAGAGAUAGGCAGACUUGCAAGAGAACAAAUACAGCAGUAUGAAAAAGAGGGUAAGAAUAUAGUGGUAUUAGAUGCUGCCCUGUUGUUAGAAGCUGAAUGGAAUAAAAUGGUGCAUGAAGUUUGGACAGCUGUUGUUCCUCAAUCAGAAGCUGUGUUAAGAAUCAUGGAAAGAAACGGUUUAUCAGAGGAAGAAGCCUUAAAACGAGUUAAAUCCCAGAUGUCAAAUGAUGAUCGUGUUGCCAAGUCUAAUGUUAUAUUCUGUUCUUUAUGGGAAUAUGAAUACACACAGGGGCAGGUAGAGAGAGCGUGGAAACUUUUACAAGAGAGAAUAAACACCAGAAAAUAAUAUCAAAAUUUAAUAUCUUUUAACAUUUUGUACAAAUAAACUAUAUUACAGUUCUUAACAAAUACAAAAUAUCUGAUCUCUAUCCUGUUGUAACCGUUGUUACAGUAAAACAAUAGUCUAUAUACCUCUUGAGGAAAUGAAGAACCUUGUCUCAGUUGUUGGUUUUGUUUCAUGUGCCACUAUCAAACAGAUAUUGACAUAGGUGAAUGAAUGAGGUAAAUAUUGGGUGAAUGAAGAGAAAACUUGCAUGGAUAUUUAUGAAAUAGACAUGAAAUUAUAAUUAACAUUACUGAAUAAUAAAAUGUUUAUGAUAUGA